AUGGCGGAAGGCUACGAGGUUGGCACGAGAGCGUGGCAGCCCGACCCGACUGAGGGUUGGGUUGCUUCAGAGGUCAUCAAGAAGACAGUAGAGGGAGACAAGGUUAAACUCGACUUCAAGCUCGAAAAUGGCGAGACUAGGACAGUAGAGGUUACCCUCGAUGCCCUUCGCUCGGGCAACGACCCUUCUCUUCCUCCAUUGAUGAACCCUGCUAUGCUCGAAGCCAGUGAUGACUUGACGAACCUUUCACACUUGAACGAGCCUGCCGUCUUGCAGGCUAUUCGUCUUCGAUAUGCACAGAAAGAAAUUUACACAUAUUCGGGUAUUGUGUUAAUAGCAACUAAUCCGUUUGCUCGUGUCGAUUCCCUCUAUGUUCCUGGCAUGGUUCAGGUGUACGCCGGGAAGCAGAGGGCGACGCAGGCACCGCAUCUCUUCGCUAUUGCCGAAGAAGCUUUUAUGGACAUGUUGCGCGAUAACAAGAACCAGACCAUCGUCGUCUCUGGCGAGUCCGGUGCCGGCAAGACCGUCAGUGCCAAGUACAUCAUGAGGUACUUUGCCAUGAGAGAAUCGCCAGAUCAUCCCGGCUCGAGGACCAAGAAGGGCGGCGAGGCCAUGAGCAAGACUGAGGAGGCUAUUUUGGCUACGAACCCUAUCAUGGAAGCUUUCGGUAAUGCGAAGACAACGAGAAACGACAACUCGUCGCGUUUCGGCAAGUACAUCGAAAUCUUGUUCGACAAGGAGACAAACAUUAUUGGUGCCAAGAUCCGGACCUACUUGCUUGAGCGCUCGAGAUUAGUGUUCCAGCCUCUUAAGGAGCGUAACUAUCACAUCUUCUACCAGCUCGUUGCUGGUGUCUCGGAAAAGGAGCGCCAAGAGCUAGGUCUGGGCCCCGUGGAGCAGUUUGAUUACCUGAACCAGGGCAACACACCUACCAUCGAUGGUGUCGAUGACAAGGCCGAGUUUGCUGCGACCAAGCAGUCUCUCUCUAUGAUUGGGGUCAGCGAGGCAAACCAGGCCGAAAUCUUCAAGCUUCUGGCCGGUCUGCUCCAUCUCGGCAACAUCAAGAUUGGCGCCUCCCGGACCGAGAGCGUGCUCUCUCCCACCGAGCCGUCCCUCGUCAAGGCCUGCGAGAUUUUUGGAAUUGAUGCCGCUGAGUUCGCCAAAUGGAUUGUCAAGAAGCAGCUCGUUACCCGUGGCGAGAAGAUCACCUCCAAUCUGACCCAGGCCCAGGCUGUUGUCGUCAGGGACUCCGUAGCCAAGUUCAUCUACUCGAGUCUGUUCGACUGGCUUGUCGAGGUCAUCAACAAAAGCCUCGCAGCUGAGGAAGUUUUGAACCGUGUACACUCUUUCAUUGGCGUUCUCGAUAUCUACGGUUUCGAGCAUUUCGCCAAGAACUCGUUCGAGCAGUUCUGCAUCAACUAUGCCAACGAGAAGCUCCAGCAGGAGUUCAACCAGCACGUCUUCAAGCUCGAGCAGGAGGAGUACCUUAGGGAACAGAUUGACUGGACCUUCAUUGACUUCGCCGAUAACCAGCCUUGCAUCGACCUCAUCGAGGGCAAGCUGGGCAUCUUGUCGCUCUUAGACGAGGAAUCUAGGCUUCCUAUGGGUUCCGACGAGCAGUUCGUUACCAAGCUGCACCAUCAGUAUGGCAACGACAAGCAUAAAUUCUACAAGAAGCCCCGCUUUGGCAAGUCCUCGUUCACCAUUUGCCAUUAUGCCCUAGAUGUCACGUAUGAGUCGGAAGGCUUCAUCGAGAAGAACCGAGACACCGUCCCCGACGAGCACAUGGCCAUUCUUCGCGCCUCUACCAACAGGUUCCUUCGCGAAGUUCUGGAGACCGCGGCCGCCGUGCGCGAGAAGGAUGUUGCCGCGUCCGCUUCUAAUGCAGUGAAGCCGGCGGCGGGCAGGAAGAUUGGUGUCGCUGUUAACCGCAAGCCGACGCUGGGUGGCAUCUUCAAGUCCUCGCUCAUUGAGCUCAUGAACACGAUCAACAGCACGGAUGUCCACUACAUCCGGUGUAUCAAGCCGAAUGAAGCCAAGGAGCCGUGGAAGUUCGAGGGCCCUAUGGUCCUGAGCCAGCUCCGCGCCUGCGGUAUCCUGGAAACUGUGCGUAUUAGCUGUGCGGGCUAUCCUACGAGGUGGACGUACGAGGAGUUUUGUUUGCGCUACUACAUGCUUGUGCACUCAUCUCAGUGGACUUCAGAGAUUCGCACCAUGGCCGAAGCCAUUCUCAAGAAGGCGCUCGGGUCAGCUCCUCCAGGCAAGCCCGGCAUGGACAAGUACCAGAUGGGUCUGACCAAGAUCUUCUUCCGUGCUGGUAUGCUCGCCUUCCUUGAGAACCUGCGCACCAACCGGCUCAAUGAGUGCGCCAUCCUCAUCCAAAAGAACCUGCGCGCCAAGUACUACCGCAAGAAGUACCUGGCUGCUCGCGACUCCGUCGUUGCUUUCCAGACCCUCUGGCGUGCUCACAAGGCCCGCGUGCAAGCGCAGGAGAUGCGCACGAUCAAGGCAGCCACUACGAUACAGAGAGUCUGGCGUGGUACGAAGCAGAGGAAGGAGUUCCUACGCAUUAGGAACGAUAUUAUUCGUGCACAGGCCAUCUUCAAGGGCUAUCUCAAGCGCAAGGAAAUCAUGGAGACACGCAUGGGCAAUGCUGCCAUCAUCAUCCAGCGCAACUGGCGGUCGAGGAGACAAAUUCGUGCCUGGAGAGACUUCCGCAGGAAGGUCAUUAUUGUGCAGAGCUUGUGGCGUGGCAGGCGUGCUCGCAAGGAGUACAAGGUUCUGCGUGCCGAGGCUCGCGACCUGAGGCAGAUCUCGUACAAGCUGGAGAACAAGGUCGUCGAGCUGACCCAGACCUUGGGUACCAUGAAGGCACAGAACAAGGAACUCAAGUCACAAGUCGAGAACUAUGAAAACCAGGUGCAGAUGUGGAGGAACCGGCACAAUGCUCUGGAGCAGCGCACAAGAGAGCUUCAGACCGAAGCCAACCAAGCCGGUAUCGCUGCUGCUCGUCUCGAACAGAUGGAGAUCGAGAUGAAGAAGCUACAGGCGAGCUUCGAGGAGUCAGUCGCCAACGUCAAGAGAAUGCAGGAGGAAGAGAGAAAGCUCCGCGAUUCCCUCCGCGCUACCAGCUCGGAGCUCGAGGCUGCUCGCCUGGAGAGUCAGCGUCACGAAGCCGAAAAGAAUUCGCUUCGCCAACAGCUCGCCGAGUUGCAAGAAGCCCUCGAGCAGGUCAGGAGAAACGCGCCCGCCAACGGUGACAAUACGCACAAUCACGCCGCUCCUCCUGGCCUCAUCAACCUCGUGUCAACAAAGAAGCCCAAGCGUCGCAGCGCCGGCGCCGAGCUUCGGGAUAUGGAUCGCUACAGCAUGGCCUACAACCCUCGACCCGUUUCCAUGGCCGUGCCUGGCAUGAACCGCCAGACCACGCUGUCCGGUUCGACACUGUUCCCCGGUGUGGACAGCAUCGAGCUGGAGCUCGAGGCUCUGCUGGCCGACGAGGAGGGUCUCAACGAGGAGGUCACCAUGGGCCUCAUCCGCAACCUCAAGAUCCCAUCGCCGACGAGCAAUCCUCCCCCGUCCGACAAGGAGGUUCUGUUCCCGUCGUACCUUAUCAACCUCGUCACGUCCGAGAUGUGGAACAAUGGUUUCGUCAAGGAAUCAGAACGCUUCCUUGCCAACGUCAUGCAAUCGAUCCAGCAGGAGGUCAUGCAGCACGAUGGCGACGAGGCCAUCAACCCGGGUGCCUUCUGGCUGUCCAAUGUGCAUGAGAUGCUCUCAUUCGUCUUCUUGGCCGAGGACUGGUAUGAGGCUCAGAAGACGGAGAACUACGAAUAUGACCGUCUUCUCGAGAUCGUCAAACAUGACUUGGAGAGUUUGGAGUUCAACAUCUACCACACCUGGAUGAAGGUAUUGAAGCGGAAGCUCAACAAGAUGAUUAUUCCGGCUAUCAUUGAGUCCCAGUCGCUGCCGGGCUUCGUUACGAACGAGAACAACCGGUUCCUUGGCAAGCUGCUCCAGGGCAGCAGCCAGCCGGCGUACAGCAUGGAUAAUCUGCUGUCGUUCCUCAACAGCGUCUACCGCGCCAUGAAGGGCUACUACCUGGAGGACUCCAUCAUUACUCAGUGCAUCACAGAGCUGCUGCGUCUUGUUGGCGUCACUGCCUUCAACGACCUGCUCAUGCGCCGCAACUUCCUGUCGUGGAAGCGUGGUCUGCAGAUCAACUACAACAUCACCCGUAUUGAGGAGUGGUGCAAGAGCCACGACAUGCCAGAGGGCACUCUUCAGCUUGAGCAUUUGAUGCAAGCGACCAAGCUCCUGCAGCUCAAGAAGGCUACCCUGAACGAUAUCGAGAUCAUUCAAGAUAUUUGCUGGAUGCUCUCGCCGAACCAAAUUCAGAAGCUCCUCAACCAGUACCUGGUUGCAGACUAUGAGCAGCCUAUCAAUGGCGAGAUCAUGAAGGCAGUCGCCUCUCGCGUCAACGACAAGAGCGAUGUCCUGCUCCUCCCAGCUGUCGAUAUGGACGACAGCGGUCCUUAUGAAAUCGCCGAGCCCAGAGUCAUCACUGCUCUGGAAACCUACACCCCGUCUUGGCUGCCUUGCCCGCGCCUGAAGCGCCUUGCCGAGAUCGUCUCCCAGCAGGCUAUUGCCCAACAGGAGAAGCUCGAGUACGAGCAGCAGCUUGCUGCUGGCAUGUACGGCGACCAAGACCUUGGCGAUGACGAAGGCGACCUUCCUCCUGAAUCCGAACUCGAGCCUCCCCGUCGCCCUACCUCACUGACGGCUAGCUCUUAG